CAUUCAGUCACUACCCCAUGUACCAGAGGCAGCAUCUGUUCAACAGCAACCCCCACUGGGACUUCGGGGCCUUCAGGAGACUCGCCCACCUGGUGCACAAGACUCACCUCAACUUCUCCAGGUUUGCUCAUCAGUUUCUAGAUCCUGGCACAUAUGUGUUUCGGGACAACGGGCUGCCCGAGAGCAUCACGGUGGUGCUGGUGAAGGAGAAGGGGGUGGCCUGCGACCCUGGCCUGUCCCCAGUGCAGCCCUCCUCCCCGCAUCACCUCGCCAGGCACGGUGUCCUCAGGCACCAGCUACCAAACCUGGGCCCAGACUGGGCAGUGAUCUCAGGGGUACUGCUGGCUGCUGGCUUGGCAACUGUGCUGCUGACAGGCCUGGGCCUCGUGCUAAGACCCUCGCUGGCCCAGGCCUGCCCCGUGCAGACCUGGAGGCCUCAGUGGAGGGGCCUUGGGGAGCCUCACAUGCCCAUGGAGUAUGUGCCCCUCAGGGACAGCCUUCCCUUCUCUGAAGACCUUGGUCCUUGGGGCUCUGAGGACGGAGCCAAUUCCUCAGGGAGGGCCGCUGCCCGGGGCACAGGGAAGCCACCCCUGGCCACAACCUUGGAGGACAUCAGUGUCCGCACGCUAUAUGACAAGCUUGAGGACCAGAGCCUGCAUGUGGCGGCCCAGCUGAGCAAGCACAGGGAUGACAUGCUGGCCUUCUACAGGGGCGCCUGCCGGCAGCUCCAGGGGCUCAAGGACCUCCUGCAGGGCUUCAGCAUGACUGAGCAGCCAGGUCUGGGCAGCAGUGGGGACCCAGCGACGGGGGCCGGAGCCGCUGCCAGGACAGAUGACGGGCAAAGCAAGGACUCGUGGGGCAGCCACACUGUGGCUUCUCCCAGGGAGCCCUGGCAGUGUCCUCCAGGCUGUACCCUCAGCGUCCCUCCCGCGGGCUUUCAGCCAGAGCUGGACAGAGUGCUUUACGCUCUGGCGUCAGCACUUUCUCAGGCAAGCGGACCACAAGCUUGGAUCAGCAGAAAGGCCUCUGGUCAGGUUGGUGAACAGCCUCUCUCUGCUCGUCAGCGAGACCCUCAACUGGUGGGUGAAGUGCUCCUGAAGCCCCGGCCUCUGCCCUCGGAUGAGAAGCACCAAGGCCCAAGGUAGGGGACAGGUGUUGGCCCCCUAAGCUCCCUGGCAACGAGACUCUCAUUCUUCAUAACCAGAGCCUGAUUUAGAGCCUUAACCCCUCUAAUCCAGCUACAAGUCUGGGGGCCCCUGGCCGUGGUAACCCCCCAUUGUUGUGGCCACCCUGUUUGCCAAAGCGUUGCUGGUCUGAGUACUCAUCAGAACUCCUUCAUUUACUGAGGUUGUCCCCACCCUUCAUGUUCCCACCCGCCUCCUCUGACCCUCCUCCUCUGAUCCAGCCUCCCGCCAGGUGUAGCCUCCAGUCUCUGUUCUUCCCCGAGCUCAGCAAGAGGCUGAGCUGGUCAGUUUGCUUGUGCCAGUGCGAUUUCUGUCCAGGUGUUCAGACACGCCGUCUGUCCUUCCCUGCACUGCCUCUGACUAGCAAACGUGCUGACUGUCACUGACUUGUAGUUCCUGGUCCUGAGACAAGCACUUUAUCUGCUCUCUAACUUAUCCUCACAGCAACCCUGUGAAGCGGAUCCCAUGCUUGCGCUCCUUUCAGGGUGAGCCAGAGCUCAGGGAGGCGUGUUCGGCACGUGACAGGGCUGGGAUUUCAGUGCCCGCUCCGCACAGACCUCUCCUCUGAUUCCCCCCACCAAACCACAACAGUCCUUCCUCCCACAGACAUCGCUCCUGUUGGUUUCCUGAUUUAAGGUGCCCAGAAAGCUCACACAAACAACUGAAGUCUCCUACAGGAAAGGGGAGAAAAGUCUGAACCCUCCUGCUAAAUUAGCGGGGGCCUGGGGCUCUUGGAGGGUCGAGACUCCAGGAAGAGUGGCCACACAAAGGAAAGGCGACUCAGGAAUCAGGAUUCUAGCCUGGGCUCUGCCCCGAACACUGCAGACCUUGAGAGGACACCUCCCAGCCAGCUGUAUGGCUUCAACCUGAGGAUCAUUCCCUUCGACAAACAUUGGUUGCUGCCUUUGAUGAAGGGGCCAGGAAGAACAAGUGACUACAGCAAGAGAUUCUAGAGGUUAAAGGAGCCUGUGAGAACCAGGAAAGGUGGGGUGGGCUUUAAACGAAGGGUGGAGUCCUAAUCAGGAGCGGGUUGGGGAAGGGUC